CUUCGUCCCACUCAACCCAGGCUUAGCUGCACCGCCAAUACACCACUCGAGCAUCCGUGGUGUUAUACGCCAGGCUGGUUACGAGCCUACUGGUCAGAGCCGUACGAAGGCUUUUAUAAGUUCUACUUUCUCAUCACCUUCAAGACUGUGAUAAGAUACUUACGUUAAUGAGCUGGACCUGCAACAGCUUUCACAGUGCGAACUUCGAAGUAUUACACUCAGAGAUCUGAUCUCGCCGAAUUUCUGAUGGGCCACAUAGCACUGAGGGCUAUAACACUGGUACAGCUCCCCCCAGAACUUUUGUACCAGAUGCUGGCACUUCUCGACGCGUACAACCUAGUACGGCUACGACAGACGUGCAAAGCGCUGAAAGCACUGAUCGACAAUUCAGAGGUGCUGCAAUAUGUCAUCGACCUGAGUUACUUCCAAAUGAUUCCAAUGGGAACAUCCGAAAUGGAUGAGCUACCAGCUACAUGCCGCAAACGACUGAGACAGCAUGACGCUGCAUGGCAACGCUUCGAAUACAAGCAGAAGUGCACACUCCCCUCAGUGAUGUUAGGACGUAUGUUUGAAUUUUUGGGUGGUGUAUACGGCUCUGCUGGGGAGGACUGCAUCCACUUUACGCGUCUUCCAUCCGCGGCUGAUUCUAACGAUCUACAUUGCUGGAGUCACCCUAUCGACGCCACGACCUUGGUGGACUUUACUUUCUGUGCUGCACAAGAUCUACUCGUCGUAGUAGCAGAUUCACCAAACCCCCGGACUUAUCCAUACGAUAUCCAUCUGAGGUCGCUGACAACGAACGACAUCCACCACGAUGCAGCGCAACCGAUCCUGAAAGCACUCGACCGGGAUAUCAUUGACCGUGAAAUAGUCCGGUCCACCGGCCAUGUGAAUGUCCAAAUUAUGGGGGACUACAUCAGUAUGCAAAUGCGCAAUAUUGUAGUAAACGGGGCCAUGCUCGGGAACUAUAUACAAAUGUGGGACUGGAAAACCAACGAUGGCUACCAGUUCAUUCUUUGGUUUCACAGUGGUUUCAACGACUGCUCCUUCAUUGCCGAGGAUAAGUUCCUCGUCCUUGAUUCCUGCGGCACCGUGGAGAUAUAUCACAUUGCUAACAAAUCAAAGCCCCCUCAAUGCACCGCGAAACUCUCCUUACCUUCUCUAACGAAUCACUUCUCAUACACUGAGGCAUUCACUGGCGAAUAUAUAUUUCCUAGCUCCUUACUUCCCUAUUCUCGAGAAUCCUACCAGCCUUCAUGCUCAUUUCACCCAAGUACGGACGAUCAACUCAUAGCCAUUCAUGUCUCCGCCUUUCCAAUGGAUACGAGCACAAUCGAUUUACGCCGCUAUAGCUUCUUUAUCCUGCGUAGUGCCAUUCUGGAACUGGAAAGCUUAUUUGCCUGUACUUACGGCCAACCGACUUUGAAUGGUCCAACGUUGCUUUGGUCAACGUGGGGACCACGGCAUACGACGUGGUUCCGGCGUCAAAGCAAUGAGGACUGGGAAUCUUCACUCUAUGGUUUCCGCGUUAUUGAGCCCAUCAGAAACAGUCCUUCCGACUUGUCACGCGAGCCCCGACGACUACGUAUCAGAGAUUUCAACCCACACAUCGCUGGGAAUUAUCACGCACAAGAUAAAUCAGACUGGCGUGGCCAACUUGUGCAAGGAGAGUUGACUAGUACGAUUUCUUACCCAUUCGGGGAACCGCUAGGAUCUGCGCUGUCGUAUCGCGAGAUCGUUAGCGAGGAGUUGUUUGAUUUAGAUGAAGCUUUGAUGGACGAAAGUAGGAUUCUGAUGAAUUGUGGUAGAGAGGCGAAUUUUAUGAAUUGCAAAAAAUCGACAUAUUGGUAUUUUGACUACCUAAUGUUGACGCCUUGGGAGGUAUGGUCCUUGCGCGUCGCUUGUCCAUCUGUGGAAGGUAACUGCUUCAUCGUAUGCUCAUUCUUAUACAUCCCAUGCUUCUCGGCAUAAACCAUUCUCAUAGAUGAGGUGCGUGGGUGGUUUCGCAAGUCCGGGCGUAGUAUGCACGCGGCAUGAUGUGUGAGUGAAAAGACAAAGCGGACCCGCGCGUUGCGGUAAGUUGUUAGAAAUAUCAAAUUUCUUGGCAAAUUGAUCAGCUUGUGUUUCAGUCCAAAGUUUCGGUGAGGGAGAGCCUAACUCAUGCUGUAACGUGCAAUGUUUCAGGUACAUCAAAUGUGUAUCACGAGGGUGUAGUACUUACAUCAAGGGUCACACCAGCAUAUCUUCUGCAUUAGUGGGUAUUUCUUGCGGUCACUGCGGCUGAAACACCAAUUGGUAGACAACCUGUAUGUAGAAUAAUCCAUCUUCU